AUGGAGACAGUAGAUGACUUCGAUACCAUUGAUGUGGAAUUGGAUGAGUUUUUCAAACACAAACAAAGAAGUCGAUGCAAAGAUGAGUUCCUAAAUACUCUCACAGACGAAGCGCUUGAUGAAUGCACCAUACCUGAGAUAAAACUAAAUGAUUUUGAAGGAAUGUCGGAAGAUGAAGCACCGCAGGAGAAACAAAGUGAUAGUAAGGGUGACGAUGAAGACAAAUUGCAGUUUCAAUACUCAACCCAUGAUCCAAAGGUGAAAUGGAAUAAUAUGAAGCAAGUUCUUGGAGAGAGGUAUGAAUCACCACACCAACUAAAGCUUUGUUUGACAAAUUACUCUAUAAGUAGGGGUUAUCCAAUUAGGUUCAAGAAAUGUGAUAGUGUAAGGCUUGUAGCUGUAUGUGUAAGUGACCCUGAGAAAUUUCAAUGUCCCUUUGUUGUAAGGGCCUCAUGGAUGAGCACUGAAAGAUCAUUCCAAAUCAAAAAAAUGGUUGUUCAACAUACCUGUGUUAGGAAUUUCCAUAAUGCUAAUCUUAUGGAUCCCACAUGGAUAGCUAGGCAGUUUCUGAAGGAGAUGAUUAGGAAACCAAAUAUGAAAUGUAAGCUAUUAUUCAAAGCAGGUUCCAUUGCAAGGUUUCAGGUCAAAAUGUUAUAG